UUCGUCUCGUCGCGUACAUCGUUCGCCUAUUCUUUCCGUCCUACCCACCCCAGUACCCGUCGGUGCCGCCUCGGACGCGGUUCUUUCUUGCUCGUUACUUGCCUACCUUCCUGCGCAUUCGCUAUGGCCACGUCGAGAACCAGCCGCGGCCCCCUUCACGCCGCGCCCGCGUCCGCAAUGGCCCACGGGCCUGCGGCGCCGUCGAGUGCGGGCUUCUAUUCGCACGAUACCGGGCUGGAAUUGGGCGAGCCGCUUGGAGGUCCCUCGGGAUCGGCAACCGCGAGCGCUGCGAGACGACAGGUUAGUGUGGGAAAUUCCCUGCCGUGGAGACGCCGUCCGAAAUCCCUCGCCCUGGGCAACGACGAUCUCUCUCGUAACUUUGGCGAAUUGGCGUUGGGGGAGGAGCAUGAGGACGCGAACAUCGAGUCGCCCAAGUCUGGAGAUUCGCUUAAGGGAAGAAUCCGACGGGCUUCGAUGUCCCUGAAGGGAAUUGUUCGCCGCGACCGCCGGGUUUCGGAGCCAGGCACCGCCUACCACGAUGCUCGACCGGUAACAUCGCACUCGGCCUGGCAUAGGCUGCGACAGGCUGCCAGUUUCCGGCAUGCUCGAACAUCGCACGGCGGUCCCGGCCAUCUGCAGACGAUCUACUCCCCCGCCGUCUCCGAGUUUCCCGGCGUUCCUGUUCCCGGCCAUGGCCUCGCGCCCCCGAUCAUCCCUCGGCACACCGGUGCUGCUGCGAAGGCUGCUGCCGCCAUGCAGAACGAGUACAUGAGCUACUAUGCCCGAUAUAAGCACGAAUUGAUCGCCCCUGACGAGUACGGCAAUGACCGCGAGAGCGGCAUCGGCAUCACAUUUGCAUCUGCCUCGCAGAUUGACGUCCCCAUAGAUCAGGGCGCGUCGAUCGUCCGGAGGGACUUCGUAGCUCAACUCCCCACCGAGCUUGCGGUUCAGAUCAUGUCGUACUUGGAUGCUUUCCAGUUGGCCACCGCGAGCAGGGUUUGCCGGUUCUGGCACCAUCUCGCCCAGGACCAGCACAUCUGGCGUCAAUCCUUCCUCCGGGAGAAGACACACACUUGCGCGACGACCCGUCGCAUCCAGCCCGGAACUGGCGCCGGCGUACCCCCGCUUCUUCGCCCCGGAAACGACUGGCAGCAGAUCUACAGAGCGCGCGAGGAAUUGGAUAGGCGUUGGAAAAAAGGCAAGGAGGCGCGUGCGGUCUACUUGAAUGGGCACAUGGACAGCAUCUAUUGCUUGCAAUUCGACGAGAACAAGAUUAUCACAGGCUCCCGCGACAAGACCAUCCGAAUCUGGGACAUGCGCAGCCUGGAUUGUUUGCUCGUCAUCGGACCGCCUGAAGUCGUCAACGACGAAUACAUCUUCUUCGACCAGACUGGUCAUCCGUCGCACUACGCGCUCUUCCCCCAUAAUCAACGCAUCAAACCUUCCGUGCCCGUCACGGUCUCGUUCCCCGUACAUCACAAGGCCUCGAUCCUCUGUCUCCAAUUCGACGACGAGAUCCUCGUAACCGGCUCUUCCGACUCCACUUGCAUCGUCUACAAGGUGCAGUCGGGCUACAGACCUGUUCGACGCCUUCAGUUCCAUACCGCGGCGGUUCUCGAUCUGGCCUUCGAUAAAAAGCAUAUCGUGACGUGCUCCAAGGACGCCAGCAUCUGCAUCUGGGACCGUGCCAGCGGCGCUCUGCUUAAGCAGUUGAAGGGCCAUACCGCCCCCGUGAAUGCCGUGCAGCUACGCGGGAACUCCCUAGUCUCCUGCUCCGGAGAUUCUACCGUGAAUCUCUGGAACAUCGAUAGCGGGAAGGUAAUUCGGGAAUUCGCAGGCCAUUCUAAGGGUCUUGCCUGCAGCCAGUUUUCCGAGGACGGUCGAUACGUGGCGUCGGCUGGGAGCGACAAGGCCAUCCGCAUAUGGGACGCGAACACGGGUGAAUGCAUCCGGGAGAUCGAGGCCCACCAGAGUCUCGUACGUAGUCUGCACAUCGACAGCAUCAGCGGCCGCCUCAUCAGCGGCAGUUACGAUACCGACAUCAAAGUCUUCGAUAUCGAGACGGGCGAGCAACUUCUGGACUUCCCGGGUUGGCACGCCAGCUGGGUUCUCAGCGCGAAGAGCGACUACCGACGCAUCGUCAGCACCGGGCAGGACGCGAAGAUACUCGUCAUGGAUUUCGGCGCUGAUGUGCCGAAUAUCGGCAUGCUCGAGAGCAGAGGGACGCGGGAAAAGGCGUCGCACGCGGGUUUCAUCUGAGGGACGCCCCAGCUGCUGGGAGAUUCUCCUGCUAGCGCUGUGGGACGCUUGUCGGUCUGGUUGUGAUUCACGAAUUUCCUUGUCACGACACUCUUCGGUCAUGGGCGGAGCUCGCUGGAGUGGUUUUUUUUCUUCUUUCCUUGGCAUGA